GCGAUCCUGGUAGUAGUAGUAGCCACGACUCGCAUUAUCAUCAAAUGCGUCUGAAUGAUCUGAUGAAGCCGCUACAAUAUGCUGCUGCACCCCUAUCUUGUUCGCCCCGCGCAUCAGUGUCAGCCGCCGCCGCUCUCCACCGCGACCACCACCUCCGCAUCCACCUCCGUCCUACCACUCCUUUAUCUUCCUCUCUCUCCUCCGUCUCCCUUCUCUCCUCCCUCCCACCUUCUCGAACCUCCCAUUUCCCCCCUCGCUGGUGCCGAAACAUGACCCGAGGGAGCGAAGGAUCGCAGGGGAGUGGGAAUCCUCCUCCCUCGGCGGCGGCGUACGAGGAGGCGCUCGACCUCCUGUCCUCUCUCAUCACUCGCCGCACGCGAGCCGAUGCCUCCAACAAAGGCGACCACUUCGAUCUGAUGUUCCAAUACAUCAACAUGCUAGAAUUGGAGAGUGAAAUCGAGCAACUUAAAGUCAUCCACGUCGCAGGGACGAAAGGAAAGGGAUCGACGUGCGCGUUCACCGAAUCGAUUCUGAGGUGCUGCGGCUUCCGGACCGGUCUGUUUACGUCGCCUCACUUAAUGGAUGUGCGCGAGCGGUUUCGGAUUGAUGGAGUGGAAAUCUCUGAAGAGAAGUUUUUGAAGUACUUCUGGUGGUGUUGGGAUAGGCUACAGGAGAAAACCGAUGACAAUGUCCCGAUGCCGACCUAUUUCCGGUUCCUCGCACUGCUUGCACUCAAGAUAUUCUCGGCUGAACAGGUUGAUGUUGCUGUUCUCGAGGUUGGCUUGGGAGGGAAAUUCGAUGCAACAAAUGUGGUGCAGGCGCCUAUUGUUUGUGGAAUAUCUUCCCUCGGGUAUGAUCAUAUGGAAAUUCUUGGAAACACACUUGGAGAAAUUGCUGGAGAGAAAGCUGGUAUAUUCAAGAAACGAAUUCCAGCCUAUACUGUUCCCCAGCCAGAAGAGGCAAUGUCAGUGCUCAAGGAUAGGGCUUCUCACUUAGAUGUUUCUCUUAAAGUAGUUUCACCUUUGGACCCUGGGUUACUGAAGGAUCAACAUCUUGGACUUCAUGGUGAGCAUCAGUAUAUAAAUGCUGGCCUUGCCAUUGCCUUGGCUGGUGCUUGGAUUGAGAAAGCAGGACACAAGGAUGGCAUAUCUCUUGGUCAUAGUACUUCCUUACCCCAGCAAUUCAUUGAAGGACUUGCAAAUGCUAGUUUGCAAGGACGAGCUCAAAUUGUCCCCGAUCCCUUCAUCUCUUUAGAUGACCAAAAUUUCAACACUGGGGGUUUAGUUUUCUAUUUGGAUGGAGCACAUAGCCCAGAAAGCAUGGAGAUGUGCGCAAGAUGGUUUUCUCAUGUAGUCAAGGAGGAAGAGACCAAAUGCUCAGAUCACUUGGGUGAAAAGUCUCAUGAUAAUGGCAAUUCUAGACAGAUACUUUUGUUCAAUUGCAUGUCAGUGCGAGAUCCUCAACUAUUGCUUCCACGUCUAGCGAAUACUUGUGCUCAGCACGGGGUCCUCUUCUACAAGGCCUUGUUUGUGCCAAAUCAGUCACAAUAUAAUAAGCUUGGUUCUCAUGCAUCACCACCAGCAGAGCCUCAGCAAGUUGACCUCUCAUGGCAGCUUUCACUUCAAAGAGCGUGGGAAAAGCUGCUCCAGAGUGACAGAGGUCUAGAUAGCACGAGGUGUUCUGAGAGCAGUUCAGUUUUCUCUUCACUUCCCCUUGCAAUUAAUUGGCUAAGGGAGAAUGCUCAAAAAAAUCGUUCUAUACGUUUUCAGGUCCUGGUGACUGGUUCAUUGCACCUAGUCGGUGAUGUGCUGAGAUUAAUCAGGAAGUGAAUUUUUCUUAAGACCAAUCGAGUCUGGUGAGGAAACUACGAUGGCUCGAUUGAACAAUGAUCUACAAAGGCUAGAUAUGGAUGGAGGUCAAUUAUGUUAUUCCGGAGGCUUCGAAGUCAUCAGUUUGUUGUUGGAUGUGGUUAUCUGGAGGGCCACCACGUUUGCCGUGCCUGUAACAUUUUUUAACCUUGUAUUGGAAAUAAUCUUAUGUUGUUGUGUACUCCAUUUAAAUUGUUGGAGCAGUUGCCAAAAUGUACAAGCGGAGAAAAUAAGACGCCGCCGGUCAUUCUUUAGGGAUUGAUCCGUGAAGUGUUUUUCUUUUCUUUUUUUGAUCCAGUUCUUGUAGACAGUUAAUUUAUAUAUAAAUUUUUAAAGGAUAUAGCUUGCUUUCUUCC